ACGUGCAUGUUGUGUGUGUCUUUUGUCAAUGCCUCUCUAUGUGUGUGUGUAGUGAAUAUGUGUGCGUGUAUACAUUAUAAUAUCUGCGUGUAUGCUUCGGUGCACCAAGUCCCGUGGAAAAUUAUCUCCGCUGCUGUAGCAGGCCAGACGUAGAAUGCUGGGUGUCUGUGCAGGAUCUCACCGCCCUGAAACCACAUUGGGAGGGGGUGGAAGCUGUCAAGGCUGCUUCCUCAUCGUGCCUGGCAAGACGAUGUGGAACAAUCCUCGCCAAGACUUUUCGGUUUCACAAUGAUGUUAUUACAAUCGGUUGCAUUCUCCCCCCCUGGUCCUCUUUGUAGAGGGGGGGAAAAAAAAACUUGGCAACCACCAGGGCAGGCUGCCCUUCCAAUCCUGCAGAAGAUGUCCCGAGAAAUUCUGCCGCGUGAAAAUAAUAACAAUAAUUCAAAUGAAUAGUUGCGCAUUCCACCCUAGGAUUCCCAAAAGUGUAAUGCAUGAACAGUAGGAAACAAAAACAGAACCAGGGGCAACCGACCAAGCUAAAAAAUGAAGGACCACUUUAAAGAGAUGGGAUUUCAAAGCAGGCUUAAAUAUAUCUACCGACUCUGAUUGCCCUGAUUUCAAGUGGCAAGGCGUCCCAUAGCUAGACCUUGGGAGUGCUGAGCAGUUGGAGAUCAGAAGAUCUUAAGGACCUUGAUGGAAUAUGUAAAAAUGUAUUCGUUCCUGCAAGUAAUGUGGGGUGGUGAGCCCCUUUUAAAGCCGUAUAGGUUAUUAGCGGUAUCUUAAAUCCACUCGGAAUUUGACUUGUAGCAUACCUAUCGACCCAUACGGUUUACCCAUAUUCCAGUACAGGAAAAUUGACUUACAGGUCCAUACGGCCGGCGUACAGUCAUUUAAAUUCGGGCAAAAAAAAGUUUUUGUUUGUGUUUCUCCCUUGUAAUGGGACUUAGCAGGAUUAACGUUGAUAUAAGGGCACGGGGUGACCAAUAAGGUCUGUACUGAUCUGUAUUAAGGUAGGGCACUGACAAGGGGUUGGCAGCUAUGUGGUAGCCAACCAAGAGAUGAGACGGCCUCGCACGCCAAGUGCUUCUCCGCCUCGGCGAUUCGUUUUGGAGUGCAUCGCCGUCCUGCCCUUUACUCCCGAUCAGCACGGUUGGCUACGUACGGGUGGCGAAAGAAGUUCAACGUACAGUACACGCGUAGGGUUCUCGGGCUCUGGGUCGCAUUUUUGCAGCUCCUCGGCAGAUGGCAAACAGCCAGCCACUCGCAAUGGUGGAAGGGGGGCAUCUACUUCCUGUCGGAGGGUCAAGCAUCCCUUGGUGACCUUACGCCAGUGUUCUUUACUACUUUCGCCGCUAAGACAUCAUCGGUGUGAGGGCCGCCACACAAUUUUAACCAAUUUGGGGUUUGAUAGCACGAUGAUUAUGUGGGGGGGGGGGGGCGGAGUGGGUGUUUUCACAUUUGUGUAUUGUCGGGGCCUACAUUAAAGGUCACCAGGAGCCGCCAAUGGCCCACAGGCCUUGCAUCGAAGAAUACUGGCCCACCUAGCCGGUAUUGUUAUGGCUGAGGGGUUCCCCACACCCCAACCCCCCCCCCCCCCUAUAAAACACAGAGUUGCUCAGCAAAAUCUGCAGACCUGUUCCCGUGGGCCGUAGAUCGGAUCACCAUUCUUCCGCCUUAAGGGUGGUAAAUUGUGGUGUCGCUGCAAUUUUGUUUUUGAUGGUACCAGAGAGUGGCUAGCGAUCAUGGGCUACCGUGACAGUUCCCAUAUCCUCACCAGCUCUCCACAGUAGGUCCUGGUGCCAAGGACGUAGGCUCAACGUUUGCUGUUCUACCACUACAUAGCCCGGCAGAUAAUCUUGCUUGGACGGAAGAUGUGUGCAUGCACCAAUAAUGGAACGGUGUGUUGGCAAUUACAUGCCCCGUGGGCUUGCAAUCCAAAACAUCGCCAUUGGGGAGACAAAGGCGGUCGGACGUGGUGCUGGCCAUCCUCCUCCGCAUGUACCGUGUGGGUUUUCAUAGGUGCUCGCUAACAGCGUUUGCCCCAAAAGUCUGCUCCGGCUAUGAAGGGGUUAUCUUUGUAGUCCAUUAGCCUUUGGCACUUCACGUGGCCUCAAGGUGUACUUAGCCUGGCACAAGCGCCGAGUUGACGUCACGGCCACUUGCUGUUCAACGGCGGUUGAUGUUGUGUUCGUCCAGUAGAGAUGUAUGUGUGUGUGUGUGAUUUAUGUGUCCGUAGUGCAGUGUAGAUGUGUGUGUGUGUGCGAGAGAAUUAAUGCAGUGUGCCCGUGUGAUGUGGAUUUACCAUCGCAUUAGGGCAUGGGUGCGCAUGAUUACCAGUAAUGGCCAUAUGCAUUUCGCAUGAGAAUAUUGUGCCUGAGCUGCUCCUGGACAACAUUCUCCCAUCACAAAGCCUCGGGAGACCAUUCACGGCGCAGUAUUUGUCCGCAAGGCGUUUUAAUUAAAUGACGCGCGGAAGCUGCGAGCGUAACGUCUAUUCCCUAGCGGCGUGCGAGUGGCGCGCUCCAAAUAAUCGCCGACUGCCUUGCAAGCCGGCGAUUAAAACCGUUCGCGUGCGUUUGUAUAUUUUUUUUGUGUUAUUGCGAGAGGAAGGCGUAGGCCCACGGCUGGAACGACGGCGUUACACAACACCUCAUGGCGGGCAGUCGCGGAGAUCCACAGCUCGGAUGACGUGUAAAAAGCCCAUUCGGGCACGGCGAGUGAACUCCACGCGCUUGGUUUGGACGCGUAAAUGCCGAUUCACAAAGCGUGAUAUAUUAUAGGGUUGGCAAAUGGCAAAUGACUGUGAUUUCGUUUGGCAAAAUAUGACCCCCCCCCCACCCCCCACCAAUGUUUAUGUUACGUUAUUGCUGCAUUGUUCGUGGGCCCUGGAAACGUGUGAAUUCACUUGGUGGGUUGGCGAAUGGCACUUGGCUCUUAGAGGAAUCAAUUGUUAAUCAGGACAGGGCACCCUUCUGCCAUUCCCCCUACAUUUCAUAUUUCUGCACGUUCCCGCGUUUGUGUUAUUUAAGUCCCAUAUAUAAAAAAAAAACCCGGCGCUAUGUAUUCCUUGGAUGACCAUUCAGAUAAAAGUUGUGACUACAGUCUGUUGUCCUGUAACGCUGCGUGUUUUCGUAACGCGAAUUGGAUAUAACGCUAUGCACGUACUGUAUUAGGGAAGACAUUUUUAUAACGCGGAUGCGAAUUGGAUGUAACGCGAUUGAGCGAACAGAAACUACGACGGGGUAGCUUCGCACAAAGGCGGGAUGCUGCUGGAUGCUUCCAGAUGCUACCCACGCGCCUCAGUCUUUGCUCAGCCUGCGUACGCGUCUCACGCGUUAUCGCGGACUGUGGUGCUUUACCCUAUAUUAUAUAUUAUUUAUUAUAACGUGAUUUGUCCAUAACGUGCUGUGCUUCAGGAACGCAACGGCGACGGCGUUGUAGGAGAACGGGCUGCGCAGCAAAUACAAAUGACACUUGUGAUGAGGAGGCGUAACAGCCAAAGAGGCAAGUCUCUUUCGCACGGCGGGAGAGACACCUGGGAGAGGCAGUGAUUGUUGUCAAGGCAAAUUCCGACGCCACGGUUAAAACACCUGCGCCGCUUUUACCUGCAGCGUGGGAAAGAGACCUGACACGGAGCCACUGUGAAUCUCAUCCCCCGGCAGAGGAGGCAUGCUCUACCGUAGCCCAUACGGCAGCGAUUGAACAUGUGACUCUCUCCGUGCGACUCCUGGAUGCAACUCCGCAGUGUGACUCCUCGGUGCGACUCCUGGAUGUGACUCCUGGGUGCGACUCCACAGCGUGACUCUCUCCGUGCGACUCCUGGAUGCGACUCUGCAGUGUGACUCUCUCCGUGCGACUCCUGGAUGCAACUCUGCAGUGUGAUCCCUCCAUGUGACUUUUUGGUCCGCUUGUUGUGUCCCCCCGGCUGUCGAGUGACCCUGGCCGCCGUCGCCGUGCCCCAGAGCCGCCUCGCGAUGGCACGGGUCUCGUGUGGCCCGUGUGAGGCCUUUUGAGGUCUGUGGAGGGCCCCCACCCCACGUGCGAGGCCUGCGCGCGUGCGGCUUGCGGAGCGUGGCGAGCGCCGCCAUGCGGUGGCCGGGCCGCCGGGCCGCGCUGGUGCUGUCGGGCCUGGCGUGCCUGCUCGCCGUGCUCUACGUGGGGCAGCAGUCGCUGGAGUGCCACACCGGGUCACGGGCCCGCGUCUCCGUGCGUCUCUCCCCAGGCCUCUCCCACAACCGCUCCGCGGCCGCGCAUGGUGGCGGGCCGCUGCUGGAGCUGGACGAGCAGGCGGAGCUGGUGUUCGUGGGCGGCGUCCCGCGCAGCGGCACGACGCUGAUGCGCGCCAUGCUGGACGCGCACCCGGCGGUGCGCUGCGGGGAGGAGACUCGCGUCGUUCCGCGCCUGCUGGCCAUGCGCGAGGCGUGGGCGCGCUCGGAGCGGGAGCGCGUGCGGCUCGACGAGGCCGGCGUCACGGAGCGGGUGCUGGACGACGCGGUGCGCGCGUUCAUCCUGCAGAUAAUCGCCGGGCACGGCGAGCCGGCGCAGCGGCUCUGCAACAAGGACCCGUUUGCGCUCAAGUCGCUCGUCUACCUGGGCCGCCUGUUCCCGCGCGCGCGCUUCCUGCUCAUGCUGCGCGACGGCCGGGCCUCCGUGCACUCGAUGAUUUCGCGCAAGGUCACCAUCGCCGGCUUCGACCUCUCCAGCUACCGCGACUGCCUCUCCAAGUGGAGCCGCGCCAUCGAGAUCAUGUACACGCAGUGCGUGGCCGUGGGCUCGUUGCGCUGCCUCCCCGUCUACUACGAGCAGCUGGUGCUGCAGCCCGAGGCGGUGCUGCGCCGCGUGCUGCGCUUCCUGGACGUGCCGUGGGACGACGUGGUGCUGCGGCACGAGGACAUGGUCGGCAAGGCCGGCGGCAUCUCCCUCUCCAAGGUGGAGCGGUCCACAGACCAGGUGGUGAAGCCAGUGAACCUGGAGGCGCUUACGCAGUGGGUGGGACGCAUCCCCGAGGACGUGGUGCGGGACAUGGCCCACGUCGCGCCCAUGCUGAGCCGCCUGGGCUACGACCCAUACGCCAACCCCCCCAACUACGGCUCCCCCGAUCCCCGGGUGCUGGAGAACACCCGGCGGAUAAAGAAUGGCGAGUUCCGCUUACCGCAGAGUUUAAAGCGUGCCCUUUCGAAGAGGAACCCCGCAAACGCUUCCGCAACUCGACGCAGCCUCCACCGUCGACGGAUCGUCCGCCAGGUGGAAAGCUCGUCGGCAAAACGCGUUCAAGGAGACGCCGGGCGGGGGGGGGGGCGGGGGGGGGGGGGGGAGGAGGCUCUUUGGCAAGCAUCGCGCGAUGAACGGGAAGGACUUUCCCAGUCGCGGCGUGAGCGGCGCAUCGACCCGAACUUGCGUGCACCGACCGUGAGCCAGGAAAAACGAGCGCUCGCCAAGCCAAGCGACCACUAGCUCUCAUGCAGGAGGAGGCGGGCGCGGGCGGGGGGUUGGCGGGGACACACCUCGAGUUUACACACGCCGUGGAACUUUAGCGCCGAAACAGAAGGUUUAUUUUUAAAAGUGUUUGUAAUCGUGAAAAAAAAUAUAAGGUAUUACAUUAUUUUAUUCUGAGAAUGCAGGUUUAAUAUUUUAUAAUCACACUGUUGUGCCUCAACACAGCAGCGUCUGCUAUCAUACACUCGGUCGCUUUUUUGCAAAGUUUAAAGUGUACACUCGCAUUUUAUUGAAACCGUGCACAGUUUUUUUUUUUUUGCACAGCAGCGUCUGCGAACGUACUUGCAAGACGAAUCUAGUUUGCAAGUAAGCAAUGCAGAUUGUGACAGGUCCAAAGGUUGUGAAUCGGUGCCGUCUGUGACAAUUGCAGGUGCCACUUCAGUGCGAGGGGUUGACAAACGGCCGAGCGGCCUCGGCCCAGGCAGUGGCGCUCACGUAGCGCUCGCGGCUUGCUGAACUAGCACUUGGGGAAGUCUUCAAGUCAUGUAGACUGUAUUCUAGGUUUUUUUGUUUACUGCAACGGUGCAUCGGUGCUCUCUCUCUGCGGGCGAUUCCGACCCAAUGAGUUUGGGGGGGGUGGGGGGGGGCGGGGAGGGUCUUCCCUGCGUAGCCUCCGACGCCACCUUUGCAACCGUCGGUGGGCGUGUCGCUGUAAAGCCGUGAAUGGUUGCAGGUUCACCGGCGGGUGAGAUCUUGUAGCCAAGCGGAACUGGCUCCAGUGACGGGGUCACUCUGACCAACCGCGGGACCGUCCGCCCCGUCUGCGUCCACGUCGAGUCCACUCGACCACCAAUGCUGCCGUUGCUACGACGGAUCUCCCGGUUCGUCUCGCCGGCCGUGUUUCGGGGGCCCCAUUUGGCCGCCACGCACAACAGGGUUCACGCCUGCGUCACGAGGGAAGCCGCAAGGGCUGCUGUAGCCCCCGUGGCAUUAAAAAGACACCUGCGGGGAACUUGCCCUUGUUAUUUUACACAAGUAUGAAUAAAAAAAAAUACUCGGUGCUUUCAUGCAAGCGGGCCACGGAGGAGUGGUUUUGGAGCCUUGCUCGGAGAAUCCGAUUGGUGCGGAUGCUGUGUGAAGCUUGCACACCCCCCAUGGAAAUGUUGCGGGCAUUAUGGGCACCAGAGCGCGAUGCCCCCUUACUUGACUGUCAGACAGUCCUGCUAAAAUAUUAAUGCUCUACUACUGUGAAGAGAUGUCGAUGUAUAUCAUUAACUUUUAUCGUUUUUGUUUUAAAGUCUUUGCUGCGUGUGCUGUGUAUGUACUACAAUACUGGCAUAGUGUGUGGUCAUUGAAUGUCACUGUGUGUUUGGGUGGAUUGAACAAUUUUAUUUUUUUACCAGCACGAAGCGGGCGAGUGUAGCUUCUGCACCGUGGCGCCUUUAUUUUGGCACCAGAGUUCACAAAAGGAGGGAGAUAUUUUUUUAUAUUUGGAUGAGUUAGCGUGAUGAGAGAAAAGCAUGGGUAGGUCUAUGAACAUGGUGCUUAUGCUUUAGAUGCUUGUGACUAUUUUGUGUAGCCUUGCUUUGAGUCACAGCCGUACCUUUUAAGAAUGAUAAAUACACAGAAAAAGACCUCAAAUUCAUGUUGACAUUCAUUGCUACGUGACAGUGUAAAGUAAAAAAAAAAUAUAUUAAACGUGCAAUUAAUAUCUGAAAUCGGUUUCAAUAGCCUCUCGAAACACUUGUAUGUAUUUCGCAGCACUUAUGACUUUUUUUCCCCGCUAAAGUAGCCGUUAGAGCUAAAUUUGGCAAAGGGUUCGUUGUUACAUUUUCAGUUUUAAGUGCGUCUUAAAAAUCGCUGAAAGCAAUUGAACAUUCUACCACUCGCGAUGCUGCGCACGACCAUAUGAGAUGAUGUGAAAAAGUCGCAGAGGCUGAACAUCUUGGGGGGGGCAUGGUGGGCAGGUGACGUCCGUCUCAACCUCUUAGAAUGGUUGCCGCGUCGCUGAUGUGUGCGUUGAAGACUAAUCGUGGGCCCAAGUCGGUGCCAAGUGAAGUGGCAAAGAUACACGUGGUACCAAUUUAGUUGUAUGCUCAAUAAAAAUGAAUUACGUGAUAAUAAUUUAAAAUGCAGUAGACUGUGAAGUGUCUUAUAUUUCGGCAACAAAAUCAAUUAAAGUUUUGCCACUUCAUUUGGUAGCCAGUGAAUUAGCUGGUCCUUGUGCCCACGAAAUAUACAUUUCUAAUCAGGCUCUUGCACGUGGUGCUGCAGACAACGUCACGGGAGAUCUAUCUCCUUCCUGUGAUGGCAGGACGCGUUGAGCUGCUAAUCUAAAUGGGUUUUCUCGUCGGCAACUUUUGAAGGGUGAUUUUUGGACGGAAGUCGCCGAGGGCUUUUGGAAAGAAGGUGGACGUCACCUGACCCUAACCCUUCCUCAGGGGGUUCGUAUGGAGGGCGACUUUUGGCUUUAUGAGCGCUCAGGCGGCAUCGAGGCACGGUCCGGAGUUCGUUAGCGUGGAGGGCAGCAUGUUGCCGAUAACUGCCACCAGGAAACCCCAUGGAGAUUCGGCAACUCAGCACGUCCUGGAGUUGCAGCAAAGAGAUAGAUCUCCUGUGACAACGUUGUCUGCAGCACCAUGUGCAGAGCCUGAUAAAAAAAAAAGCUGGGUUUUUUUUUCCUGCCCAAAGACACUCUCCCAAGUUGGAAGAGUGUUUUCAAUUGGAAGAGCGUUUUUAAGCAGGAAGGAUAAAAAUCAGCUAGUGACUAUAAAACUUGCGUCAGGACAUUGCUGCCCCAGAGUGCGCAAAAUGGUCCAGUAUCGCCCACCCAUUCUGUGCCUAAGCCAUGCCUCACACGGCGAACCAUGCAGACGUUGCACGGAGUGCCAUAUCACCCUUCAGAAGAUGCGGAUGCGGCGUUUCCCACAUCCGGGGUCCAGGCAAAAAUCUGUGCGAGCUGCAUCAUCCCCUGCGGUGCUUUCUGGUUCGAUGAGGAUCAGGAAUGAGAAGCACUUUUCCACACAUGCCAGAAGGUGGUUGCCCCCAUCAAAAUGGUACCAACCUCUCCGUCGUCCCUGCCAUUGCGAAGAGGGCAUUUUGGCUAAGCGCAGCACCGCUGGCAGAGCACACGCGUGCUCUAGAUGAACCAAGACCAGGCGAUGCCAACCGAUCAUACCACACAUUUCUAGGUCAUAACACCAGUGCGAAGGCUUAAGAGGCCCCAGAAUCAAACUUUGUGUAACACUCAGUAUUUUGCCCUUAUUUCUGUGCAGUGACAGAAUCUUGCCAUCAUCGAUAAGCGUCACCAUCACCGAGCGUAAUUCCUGGUUACCAUCGAUAUCGCUGCCGGUAAACUUGUUCGACAGGCGACUUGUCCACUCCACUUUUUCAUAUGCGUGUCAAGUGGCACCCUAAUAUCCAUUAAUUUGCGCCAAUUACCUUUUUAUCCGGCUUGUCAUGAAAUGGCUCCUUUGACCAGUUAGGCUGAGGCAUCUAACAAGCUUGGUUUGAUAUUUUUGAGACGAAGCUUUUUUUGCACCCGGGAUAAAUUGUGACCACUUUAGUUCAGCCAGAGUUUGACUAUUUUGGUGACAUUCAGCCGUCGAGGUCCAGGCUCCUGCACGACCGAUCGUCCAACCAUGAAGCAAUUCCAUUAUGAUCCUGCACCCUGCUGAAUCAUUGGUGCUACAGUGACGAGAUGUUAACUGCCUCGCCUGGUAUACAGGUCGUAGGGUUCGAUCCCGACGCCUGUAUAUUUGGAGAUCGCAUGGUCUCACUGUGGUCAACGUGGAUUUGUUUCCGGAUCCUCCGGGUUUUCCCUCCACAUUUAGAAUCGGCACCAUGCGUUUGGAGUAUUUGGCUGCUAGAAAUUUCUACGUGAUGAGCCACUUCGUUGAGGUAUCGUUUGUGGCCAGGGCGCGUCUUAAAAAGAGCUGUAUUGCUCAGUGGGCCUUACCCGGUAAAUGAAAAACAGUUUUAGAGUCGCCCCUAAGCACUCCUGUUCAUUCACUCACUUUACUGUAUUAUCAAUCUCAUAAACUUCAUCCCUUGAUACGUCUACAUAUGUCACUGACCCACGGUUUCUGCUCAUCCUUACUCUGUUCAAUUACCGUGAUGCUCGAUGCAGCAUGUUGUUUCCUCCUCCCGUAUGACUUUGAAAUUCCAUCCCAAUCUGUUGUCGCGACGAGACGAAUACCCGUGCUUAAUUCGCGUACACAAUCUCGAUUGUACCUCACUCUCCCCUCCCCCACCACAAUCUCCCUGUGCUCAGUCACCUUUCCCUCCUGGCUCCCCCCCCCACCACGUUGGUAUAAACUCCCACCGCACAUCAACACGGGCAACUUCACUCACCAGUUUUCGUUCCUCCCUUAAGACGAAUCUUUUUUUUCAAAAGCGUAUCCCACCACGACUUUGUGUCCACGUCCUUAAAACCUUCACCAUCGUCCUCCCCCCUUCCUAACAUCGCCAGCCCUCCCUUUCCCUAUCAUCACCCUUCACCAUCACCACCCUUCCCCUAACCUCGCCAGCCCUCCCUUUCCCUAUCAUCACCCUUCACCAUCACCACCCUUCCCCUAACCUCGCCAGCCCUCCCUUUCCCUAUCAUCACCCUUCACCAUCACCACCCUUCCCCUAACCUCGCCAGCCCUCCCUUUCCCUAUCAUCACCCUUCACCAUCACAACCCUUCCCCUUCCUUACCUCGCCAGCCAUCCCUUUCUCCCACCCCCCCCCCCCUUCGGCCAAUAACCAAUAUACAAUUUAUAAUGAUUGUAAAGCGCUUUGAUAAAAAGCGCUCUAUAAGAGAAUACGCGUAUCUUGUAAUCUGAUGUAAUGUCAUUAAGUGGUCUCUGUUGCUGACCGUUUUUUAAAAUUAUAUUUGCUGUUAAGAGGCAUUUCGGCCUCUGCUCAACCAACUGCGAUUAAAAUAAGUUCCCCCUCCUCCAAA